CCCUGGAAAUAGAGGGCAUCCUGUUUCCGGAAGGAGGGAAUUCAGUUUGGCCUCUGUAGGGGAGGGGAAUAAAAGGGUAAUUCUUCUGCAAUUACUUUUGGAUGGAAGUAUGCUCUUUUUCCAAUAGAAGAUGGUAAACUUGGAGAAUGACCAUGGAGAAGGGGAUGAGUUCUGGAGAAGGGCUGCCGUCCAGAUCAUCUCAGGUUUCGGCUGUUAAAAUAACAGCCAAAGAGUUGGAAACAAAGCAGUCCCAUAAAGAGAAGCGAGGGGGCUUUGUGUUGGUGCAUGCAGGUGCAGGUUAUCAUUCUGAAUCCAAAGCCAAGGAAUAUAAACAUGUAUGUAAACGAGCUUGUCAGAAGGCAAUUGAAAAGCUACAGGCUGGUGCUCUUGCGACAGAUGCAGUGACUGCAGCUCUGGUGGAACUUGAGGAUUCUCCUUUUACAAAUGCAGGAAUGGGAUCUAAUCUAAAUCUCUUGGGUGAAAUUGAGUGUGAUGCCAGCAUAAUGGAUGGAAAAUCCUUAAAUUUUGGAGCUGUUGGAGCACUGAGUGGAAUCAAGAACCCAGUCUCAGUUGCGAACAGACUCUUGUGUGAAGGGCAGAAGGGCAAGCUCUCAGCUGGCCGAAUUCCUCCCUGCUUUUUAGUUGGAGAAGGAGCCUACAGAUGGGCAGUAGAUCAUGGAAUACCCUCUUGCCCUCCUAACAUCAUGACCACAAGAUUCAGUUUAGCUGCAUUUAAAAGAAACAAGCGGAAACUAGAGCUGGCAGAGAGGGUGGAAACAGAUUUCAUUCAACUAAAGAAAAGAAGACAAUCAAGUGAAAAGGAGAACGACUCAGGCACUUUGGACACGGUGGGAGCUGUGGUUGUGGACCAUGAAGGGAAUGUUGCUGCUGCUGUCUCCAGUGGAGGCUUGGCCUUGAAACAUCCAGGGAGAGUUGGGCAGGCUGCUCUUUAUGGAUGUGGCUGCUGGGCUGAAAAUACAGGAACUCAUAAUCCCUAUUCCACAGCUGUGAGUACCUCAGGAUGUGGGGAGCAUCUUGUACGCACCAUACUCGCUAGAGAAUGUUCACAUGCUUUACAAGCUGAAGAUGCUCACCAAGCGCUAUUGGAGACUAUGCAAAACAAGUUUAUCAGUUCACCUUUCCUGGCCAGUGAAGAUGGUGUGCUUGGAGGAGUGAUUGUUCUCCGGUCUUGCAGCUGUUCUGCAGAGCCUGGCUCCUCCCAAAAUAAGCAGACACUUCUAGUGGAAUUUCUGUGGAGCCACACGACAGAGAGUAUGUGUGUCGGAUAUAUGUCAGCGCAGGACGGGAAAGCCAAGGGAGAUCCAGAAAACAGCAGUGUGAUGGAUGCAUUCACACCUAUGUGUUGGAAGACUCUGUGGACGAGGUCAACUAUUGCCAGGAAUCCAACCCAAGAAAAUGUUUUCUUCAAACAAGCCACACAGGCCCAGACUGGAAAGGUUCAUGUAGCAACCAGAGCUUUGCUUUUCUCCAGCAAAUUUAUACCUUGUUCUGUAAAAAUGCCAUUUGUUUGCUCACUUGGAAUCCCAUUCACUCCCCAGAUAGAAAAACUUAUUUUUCUGUAGAGCCAAACCCAUUUUUAACCAAAGCCCUGGGUGUUCAGUCACUAAGACCUCCAAACGCUCACCCUGCACAGUGGUCUACAGAAAAAGCACAGAGAUGUAGAAAGCCCCAACAUACCAUGUUAUAUAAACUAGCAAAGGCUUCUUUCAAAAUCCUGAUUUUGAAAGUGGGCUCAAGAAGGUCAGAAGAGAGAGUUUAUUACAAGUAGAUUUGCUAUCUCUCUGACCAAAGGAAAUAAUGUUUUUUGUUUUUCAAAAGAGAAAGAAAGCAUGUUAGGAUUCCUGCCUCCUGCGUGCCACUGCUGGUUUCCUCACUCCCCACAUGCCUCACUUUAUCUCAUGCCAGAUCAUGAUCUCAGGCCUUGAGCCCAUGAACAGAAAAUCCCAUUCCCCAGAAUUCCCUACCCCCCCAAGGGAAUGUCUCCCGUUCCAGGUCUUGAACAAAGAUUCCACGACACAUGUUUGAUCUCUUCACGCUCCAUUUUCAUUAGUCCUUCACACUCUCCAUCACUUGGAAAAAUACAAACAGCAUGGUUCAGUUUUAAGGUUAAGAACUGACAGUCUCCAUAAACAUUUUUACAAUCAAAGCUGACUUAUCCACUGCCAGAAUUCAGUGUCUGCAAGAGAGGAGUGAGGUGGGAUGGAGGCAAGGAGUGGAAAGUGGAAAACUUCACUAUCAGAGUAAGAGAACAAGUGCUGUGCCUUCAACUGCUGAGUGAAGGACACCCCACGGCAUUGCUGGCGAAGAACUGGGUUGAUCCACCUCCAGAUAAUUUAAUUAAAAUACAGCCAUCCUCCUUUGUUCACAAUGGAUAUAUUCCAAGACACUGAGUGGAUGCCUGAAACUGCAAAUAGUAUUAGAACCUAGAUGGACUGUGUUUUUCCUAUAUAUAUACACACACCUAUGAUAAAGUUUAAUUCAUAAAUUAAGCACAGUAAAAUAUUAUAACUAAUAAUAAAAUAGGGCAAUUAUAACAA